UCAGCUUCUGGUACCAGGACGGCUCCAGCCUGUUGUUAGUGAACUAUUUCAGUGAUGAAGAAAUGUCUUCACAGAGGGAGGAAGAGGAGCAGCGUUGGUGAGGAGGAGCAGCCGUCCUGCUGUGCUUUGUGUCAGGAGGUUCUGGUGGAUCCGGUCUCUACCAGCUGUGGACACUGGUUCUGCAGACAGUGCAUCAGGUCCUACUGGGACCAGUCUGCUCCAUCUGGACCCUCUUCCUGCCCCCAGUGUGGGAAAAGACCCAGAACAGCAGCUGGACUGCUGACAGCCAAUCAGAGAAGCUGUGCUCCAGCAGAUGUUGGUCUGCAGGAGGUUUUAGAGGAACAUAAGAUCAGUCUGAGGAGGAGAUGUGAAUGUGUGACUGAAGGAAGUGAUGUAACAGGAAGUAGAACCCUCCUCAAUAGGAUAUACACUGAUCUCUACAUCACAGAGGGAUGGAGUGAAGAGGUUAAUACCCAACAUGAGGUGAAGCAGCUGGAGAGAGCUUCCAAGAUCCAGAACCUCCAUGAC